UGACAUAACUAACUACACGGGGUAUGGUCGCAAAAUUAAACCAUAUAUAAUUUCUGACAUUUAAAGUGUCAAAUGUAUGACUGACAUUUAAAGUGAAACAAAACCAGCUAAAUCGAUUUCCAAUGGUGAUUUACACCGUCGGUCGCCAUAGCUAUUACCUUCACAGCUGCUCAUAACAUUCAUAUCAAAGCGACCAGCGAAACCUAGCUGCUGUUGCUAUUUCUCCCUCGCCGGCGGCUUCUCUCCCCUCGUUUAGCCAUCUGCUGCAGCGGCAAAAGAGACAAUUGAAAUAACAAGAUCAUGGCUUUCUUCCGGGCAUUCUGGAACAGUCCCGUUGGCCCUAAAACAACUCACUUCUGGGGACCUAUGGCCAAUUGGGGAUUUGUCAUUGCUGGAAUGAUGGAUUCAAGGAAGCCAGCAGAUGCAAUAUCCGGGAAUAUGACUGCAGUAUUAUGUGUGUAUUCCUUAUUGUGUAUGAGAUUUGCAUGGAUGGUACAUCCUCGCAAUCAUCUGCUUCUGGCUUGCCAUGUUUCAAAUGAGUCAGUGCAGCUCUAUCAACUUUCCCGUUGGCUAAAGCAUCAACGGUACUUGCCGCAGAAGGAAGACAAUGUUUCUUAUUGACUUAAGUUCCUUCGUUUCAUUCCCCGACAAGUUGACGACCAAAAGAGAGCAAAAGUUGCUUCAUAUUCCGCUUGUACUAAAACAACUUGUAUUUUUACACUAAAUUACAUAUAUGUAAGGUGCCAAAUUAUUGCAUGUUUC